UUCCAACCAGCUCCACCAUUCGCCACAUUUCCCCCAAACACUUCCCCUCUCUCGCUCUGCGUCCUCAGCCGUCGCCGAUCACUUCCUUUCCUUUCUCCGCUCGGCGGCGUCGUCGUCAUCAUUAUCAUCGAUCAGCAAUCGGAUGAAGUGAUGGGGGAUUCGAAGAAGCUCUCUCCGAUGGCUGCCCCUACUGCUUCUACAACUACUACUACUUCAUCUUCCCGCCGUUCUUCUUGUAAUUAUUACUUGCUAUGCUGCUUCAUUGCGGCGGCCGCGGCAGUUUGCUUGAUCACACCGGCUCUGACCACCGGCGUCGACGCGAAUUCGCUCGACGCUAACGUCACCGCGAAGCUGUCCGUCGACGCUUCCGUCCGCCGGCCUAUUCCCAGCACUCUCUUCGGGAUUUUCUUUGAGGAGAUUAAUCAUGCUGGAGCUGGUGGGUUAUGGGCAGAACUUGUGAGCAACCGAGGAUUUGAGGCUGGGGGUCCUAACACUCCUUCGAAUAUAGAUCCGUGGUUGGUGAUUGGUGAUGCAUCGUCUGUAGUUUUAUCUACAGACCGGUCAUCGCCCUUCGAGCGAAAUAAGGUUGCUCUUCGAAUGGAUGUACUCUGUGACGUGAAGAGUUGUCCAUCUGGAGGAGUUGGGGUGUACAACCCUGGAUUCUGGGGCAUGAAUAUAGAAGAGGGAAAGAAAUACAAACUGGUUCUUUAUGUUCGCUCAUCGGAUUCUAUUGAUGUGACUGUGUCAUUGACGGGAUCAAAUGGGGCACGGACAUUGGCUACUACCAACAUCAAAGGGUCUGCUUCAGAUGUUUCAGACUGGACAAAGGUGGAGGCCCUCCUGGAAGCCAAGGAUUCUGAUCAUGGUGCAAGACUUGAAUUACGAACUUCCAAAAAGGGGGUGAUUUGGUUUGACCAAGUGUCAUUGAUGCCUGAAGAUACCUACAAGGGGCAUGGUUUUCGGUCUGAGCUUGUUGAAAUGCUUAAAGAGAUAAAACCUCGAUUUAUCAGAUUCCCAGGUUUGCAAAAAAUCUGAAAACUCAUAACUGAGUGUACCUCUUAAUAUCAAGGUCACAAUCUGAGCUAUCUAGCACGUGCACUUCGAGUUUAGUUUUUUUUUUCUUGGAUGUGACUCCUACAGUGAAAAUGAAAUUUAACUUCUCUUCAAGUUUAUGUCUUCUCAUCGCACCUUCGUUCGCUUAACUGUCAUCAUAGUCUCCUAAAUGCUCAGAGGCUGAUUUCUGAAUAUUGUACCUCAACUGUAUGUCUAGGCGGCUGUUUUGUGGAAGGCGAAUGGUUAAGGAAUGCAUUUCGCUGGAAAGAAUCAGUUGGUCCAUGGGAGGAGAGACCUGGUCACUUUGGUGAUGUUUGGAUGUAUUGGACUGAUGAUGGACUCGGUCACUAUGAGUUUUUUCAACUAGCUGAAGAUCUGGAUACAGUGCCCAUAUGGGUGUUUAAUAAUGGUAUUAGCCACCAAGAUCAAGUUGAUACUUCAAGCGUCUUACCUUUUGUGCAAGAAGCCCUGGAUGGUAUCGAGUUUGCUAGAGGUGAUGCCAGUUCUAAAUGGGGCUCUCUGCGAGCUUCCAUGGGACACCCUGAACCAUUUAAAUUGAAAUAUGUUGCCGUUGGGAAUGAGGAUUGUGGAAAGAAGAACUACCGAGGAAAUUACCUCAAGUUCUAUGAAGCUAUAAAACGAGUGUAUCCUGACAUCCAGAUUAUCUCAAACUGUGAUGGCUCUUCUCGUGCGUUGGACCAUCCAGCAGAUUAUUAUGAUUUUCAUGUGUAUACAUCUGCUAGCAAUCUGUUUUCUAUGUCCCACCAAUUUGAUCGUACAUCACGCAGUGGUCCAAAGGCUUUUGUAAGUGAAUAUGCUGUGACUGGAAAAGAUGCCGGCACAGGAAGUCUCUUAGCUGCACUUGGUGAAGCUGCAUUCCUCAUUGGUGUGGAGAAAAACAGUGAUAUCGUUGAGAUGGCUAGCUAUGCACCACUAUUUGUGAACACCAACGACAGACGGUGGAACCCGGAUGCAAUCGUUUUCAAUGCUUCGAUGGCAUACGGAACUCCUAGCUACUGGAUGCAGCGGUUCUUUGCAGAGUCAAGUGGGGGAUCCCUAGUCAAUUCUACACUUCAAACAAGUUCCUCCAGCUCCCUUGUUGCAUCUGCAAUUACUUAUCAAGACUCCAAGGACCAAAACACUUACCUGAGAAUAAAGGUUGUCAACUUCGCUAGCAGCAAGGUGAAUCUCAAGAUCACGGUGAGCGGAUUGGGGGCCAACACAGUGGGGUUAUCAGGAUCUACAAAGACCGAACUCACAUCUGCGAAUGUAAUGGAUGAGAACUCCUUCCAGCAACCAAAUAAGGUGGCACCGGCUCAAAGUAUGCUGCAGAACGCUGGAAAGGACAUGGAUGUGCUGAUCUCUCCCAAUUCCAUAACCUCAUUUGAUUUAUUAAUCGAAUCGAAUUCGAUUCGGACCCGAAAAUCCGGUCCAUUGGUAUCCGUCAUGUAAAUUAACACCACACACACAUACACCACACCCCCAAAACCUAUUACCAGUUACCAAUUUUAUAAACCGACCCAUGAAUAACACUCUUGUAGUACUUGCCAUUUCAUUGUACACCAUGAUUACGCACUGUCGAAUAAAACGAUUGCAUAUCUAGCUUCUACACUUUCGAAAGGAUGAACACAUUUGAGAUGAGAAAUCACAUUGCAAAAUACUGGUAAAAACAAGUAAACCGAACAGAAUACUUCUUGAUUAGAUUAACAAAAUCAGUCAUUCAUCAUUGGUCAUA